UACUAGCCUAUCUCUCCGGCGCGGCUCUCUCGCGAUCUCACGCCUAACCGCCCGCGCGACCACACCUCGCCGUCCCAUGCCAUCCUCGCCCAGCCUCAGGACGAAGCGACGAUCCCAUCCGUGCGCCGCCCCUGCCCCCUGCCUCCUCCCUCCCUGUCCCCACCCAGCCCUGCGCCCUCGCCGCACAGGCCUCGCUGGCUGACGCAACUGCCUUCGGACAUCGGGAAGCCUCGGCGCCUCGUUGUGCAUCCGACCCACCCCCGAGCCCUGCGCCCGCACAGACCGCCUCGUCGCCCUGCCCCACAUCGCACCUCGGUACCUCACAUGGCACACGGCACAUGGCUCACGGCGCUCAUAGCUCAUUGUCAUCAUGGCCUCUUUCACGCACGGUGCACCGGCAGAUCCCCACGCCGCGCUCCAUGCACCGUUGGCACGGGCUUGGCGAUCCACUGCGCCAUGCGCCAAGCGAUCUUCCGAUACGCCUCGCGCCUUGUUCCGCGCCCCGCGCCCCGCGCCUCCCGAGAUGUCCGCCGAUCCGCCGACGAAGCAACUUGCGACCCCGCCAACCCCAUCCUCCCGGCUGCGAACUACGGCUACGGCUGCGGCCAAGUAAGCCACAGCCACCACGCCCCGCGCCCCGCGCCACCUCGCCUUGCCCCGCCUAUUCCCCCACCUCUCUCCACCCCCUCUUGGCCCAUCACGCACAUCGGCGAUGGCGCUGAUACGCAUACCCCGCGAGCCGGCCCCGUGGGCCGGCUAUCCCCGCCCUAUCGUAUCAGCAGGAUGCAGAUCUGCUGUUCGAACGCGUCCCUUGUUCUCUGCUUCCUGCUUCCUGCUUCCUGCUUCCUGUCCACUCUCCACUCUAUCCCCCUCCCUCCCUCUCGCAGCCACUUCCGAAGCACCUCGAAGCGUUUAUCCUGCCCCACCGCCCUCUCCACACUGACAACCCCGUGGCCCAUGUGCCCCGCCGCUGCUCACUCAUUCCGGGGUCCCUCCGCCCCGCCUGUGCGUCGGCCCCGCCAUCGCUCCGAUUCACCGACGUCGACGCAAGGAGCCCCGUGGUGGAGCAAUCUCUGCCAGCACGGUUCGUGGAGCAUUUCUGAGUAGCCAUGCGACUGAACGGUGGGAUGCUCCACAUUCCCUACGCCCUCACGGCAACCCAACUGCCUCUGAUUUCCCCUCCCCGGCCACAGCCGGCUUGUCCCACUGA